GGACCCGGCCGGAUGCCGGGCGCGCACGCGCGCGUAGGGCCCGGCUGGGGGCGGGGCGCCGGGCAAGAUGGCGCCGCUGGCCGGAUGUGUGUAUCUCCCUCCCACCGUGGGCCGCCGGCGCAGCUGACGAGGCGGCGGCUCCACUCUAGUCCGGGCCCAGCCCCGGCGCAGUCACAGCGGCGGCGCCUCCUCCAGGCCCGGCCAUGUAGAGGGGGCCCCGGUUGCUUCCCCUCAUCCUGGAGACGUGAGCGGCCCCUGAGGCAGCCAGCCCCGCGCGGGAGCGAGCCGGCGGCCGGGCGGAGGGUCCCGCCGCCAUGGAGGACAUUAACUCCAACGUGAACGCGGACGCGGAGGUGCGGAAGCUGCAGGAGCUGGUGAAGAAGCUGGAGAAGCAGAACGAGCAGCUCCGCAGCCGCUCCGGGCCCCCCGCCAGCCCCAAGCGUCUCCCCAGCGGCAGCGGCGCCGCCACACCUUCGCCGCGGGGGGACCUGCCGCUGGCACUGGAGAGCCGCUGCCUUAGCCCCAGGGCCGGGGCCCGUCAGCCGCCCGCCGAGGAGACGCGAGGCGGGUCGGCGGCUGGGGAAGGGGGCAGCUUCCUGGACGAAGUGGAGCCUCUGAGGCCCGACGAGCUGGAGCGCUUGGCCAGCUGCGAGGAGGACGAGACAGGCUGGUUAUAUACAUCACCAAAGAAGAAAUUGACUCCAGUGCAGAAAUCUGUUAGUCCAUUAGUUUGGUGCAGGCAGGUACUCGAUUAUCCAAGUCCUGAUAUUGAAUGUGCUAAAAAAUCACUGAUCCACAGGCUUGAACAGAUAAUGUCAGUCCUCAAGAGACCAAGUUUGUACAGUAACCCUUUCAGUGCGGUCAGUUACACAAGCCCUUAUAGUCCAAAUGCUAGCAGCCCUUACAGCAGUGGUUUCAACUCGCCUUCCUCAACACCAGUGAAACCCCCUUUAGUGAAACAGCUCAUAUUUCCUGGUAGCUCCGGUCAUUUUAAAAGUUCAGCAGAUAGAAAUCCUUCACUAAGCCCUCAGUCCUCUAUCGACAGUGAAUUAAGUGCUUCAGAAAUGGAUGAAGACUCUAUUGGAUCAAAUUACAAGCUAACUAACGUGACAGAUGUGCAAAUUCUAGCUCGGAUGCAGGAGGAAAGUCUCCGGCAGGAGUAUGCAGCCACUACUUCUCGACGUAGUUCUGGUUCCUCUUGCAAUUCUACAAGACGGGGCACAUUUAGUGAUCAGGAACUUGAUGCACAGAGCUUAGAGGAUGAAGAAGACAGUACACAUCAUGCAGUGCAUCCGGCUGUUAACAAGUUCUCACCAUCACCACGCAACUCGCCAUGGCCUUCACCAAAGCAGUCUCCCAGGAAUUCUCCUCGUUCUCGAUCACCUGCUCGAGGCCUGGAAUAUAGCAGAGUGUCACCCCAGCCUAUGAUUAGCCGCUUACAGCAACCUCGUCUUUCGCUUCAAGGCCAUCCUACGGAUUUACAGACUAGCAAUGUCAAAAGUGAAGAAAAACUAAGGCGUAGUCUUCCAAACCUGUCCAGGACACCUAACAUCCAUGCUGAGUCUGUGAAAAACAGCAGAAGUGAUUCAAAUUUUCAAGUGCCAAAUGGAGGAAUACCUCGCAUUCAACCUCAGGCUUCAGCCACUAUGCAAAGGCAGAAAAAAUUGCCUCGUGCUGCCUUCAAAACCAAACAGUUUCUUCAAACUCCAUCUACAAAAGGAGUACCUUCUCCAAGUAAAUUCCGGCCCCCUGCAGCACCAUCACCUCUGGCUCUCCGACAGCCAGUGAAAGCAUUUAGUAACCAUGGACCUGGUUCUGCUGCUGCUCCUCCAGAAGCUACACAACUGACACACAGCAGUUCUUCACCAGGACCUCUUGCAGUUCAGAAUUCAGGCUCUCCAAGCCCUGCUAGCAGUAUCAACAGUACUACUCUUACCAGACCGGCAGGGACAACGGGGGUGAGGAGUGGCUUGCCCAGACCUAGUGCCCCUUCUGUUGGGGGCAUACCAGUGCCUCGCAGCAAACUUGCACAGCCUGUUCGCAGAUCAUUACCGGCUCCUAAAAGCUAUGGCAACAUGAAAGACGAGAGUUGGAAAGAUGGCUGCUACUGAACUGCAAAGCUUAAAAAUGCAAAGUUCGCUGGUUAUUGGACACUCCUUCACCAAGCUAAAAGACAGCUUGAUAUGCAGACUGUUCAGAUGUGACUUUCAGGAUUUGUAAAAUCCCAGACCUCUGUCUUUAAUUAGCACAAACUGGCAGAGAUUUUAAAGCAGCACUUUAAUGACAUUUAACAUCAUAUAUUUGGUGAUCAUACAAUCUCUUUUUUACAUGGAAUCGCAGUCAUUUCUAGGGUUUUUUGUUUGUUUGUUUUUUGCUUGCUAAAAAUUGUAUCAAUUUGAGCAUUUAUGACAAUGGCCAAUGUUUGGACAAAAAAACCCGAACAAAUGCCAAAGAAAUGCCCAUCUUGAAAAACAGCAAGUAAAAUAACAAACUCCAAUGUUCAAAACUUCAUAUUCAGGCAUCUAAUUCAGCAGAAUGAUUCAUUGGUAAAUAUGUACUAUUUAAACAUUAGCAUGUUAAUCAGAGCCAAAGUUCUGAUUGCGGAUCACUACAGUGCUAAUGAAACACCUGCUUAAAACAAUUGUAGAAGGUUCUGGUUGGAAAAAGUGGUACAUAUAUCCUUCAGAAAGAAUCCAGCUGUUCUCUCUGGAGGUAUCCUAGAGUUGGUAAAUAGUAGUCAUGGCAUUGUUUUAUCAUUAAAGGUUUGGAUGUAGCAGACAAACACACA